UGUAACUUAUUUCGUUGUUAUAGGAGGAGUUGCGGAUAAGCUAUGUAAACCCCAAAUAUUAUAAAAAGAAUCGUAGUGUUCAUUUUUCCUGCAGGGAAUUCCAAACACUGGAAAAAAGAUCGGAAAAAGACACAUGAAGCCUUAAAGCCGACAAGAUUUAAUAACAAAAUCUAUCAGCAGCAGGGUGACGAUGAAGCUUCUGGAACCGAGGAUGACACAGCACAAGGAAUGCAGACAGACCACUACACUUAUGUUGAAACCAAUGAUACAGGCCCUAAAGCGGAAUACAGUGAAAUAGGUGUUUACAGCCAUCUCAGAGAGAAUGAAGAAAGAAGGAACCUAACCGAAGAUUUAGCCGUUUACAAUCACCUUAAGGAUAGUGAAGAAGGAAGGGAACAAGGCGAAGACACGUAUGACCGUGCUUCUAUUAAGAAAGCGGCGGCCUCAGAUCAUGGAAACAGUGACCAUAUCUACGAUCAAUCCUCUGCGGAUGUAUAUAGAGAAAAAGGGACCGAGUCUGGCCUUGAAGGCGAUGAGUACCAUCAUACUGGACUUAUUCUGACAGAAAACACGUACGACGAAACAAAGAUGAGUACAGUGCCACAAGAUCUAGACGGAGAGUAUAGCCAUACACAAGAUUUACAGACUGAACACGCGUAUGGAAAAGUGGACGUACAUUCUGGGGCUUUAGAUGAUGAGUAUUGUCACACAAUAGAUAUAGAGACAGAACAGGCCUUGCAGAAUUAUAACCAUAGCCAAGAAGUUCAAAUAAAGAAACGAGAGUCUUAAAACAAUGAUAAGCUUUGACAGUAGAACGACUAUUUUUUUU